AUGGUCCUGCCCGAGCAAUUCGCCUUCGUCGCAUCCAUCCUCGUCACCUUCUGCCUCUGCCUCGUCGCCAAGAGCUACCUCGCCCGCUCCGUCUUUCCCCACUUUGAACUCCUCCAAGACCUCGACAGGGCCACCGACUUCAUGGAGAUCAACGUCGUAGUCGCUUUUCUCGUCGGGCUCGUCCUGUCGGUGGGCGCGCUGCUCUACUUUGACUCGGGCAAGGCCAAGCCCGUGCUCAACCCGACUGAGUGGCAGAAGUUCCACCUGAUGGAAAAGAAGCAGCUCUCGUCCAACACGGCCAAGUACCGCUUCCGCCUGCCCAAGCAGAACUCGAUCCUCGGCCUGCCCAUCGGGCAGCACAUUUCGGUCCAGGCCGACAUCAACGGCAAGACCGUCAUGCGCUCCUACACGCCCACCUCGUCCGACGACGACAAGGGCUUCUUUGACCUCGUCGUCAAGUCGUACGAGCAGGGCAACGUCUCCAAGUACAUGGCCGCCAUGAAGAUCGGCGACGUCCUCUCGGUCAAGGGCCCCAAGGGCCAGAUGCGCUACUCGCCCGGCCUCGCCCGCCACCUCGGCAUGAUUGCCGGCGGCACCGGCCUCACGCCCUGCCUCCAGAUCAUCACGGCCAUCUGCAAGAACCCGGCCGACAAGACCCAGGUCGACUUUAUCUACGCCAACGUCAAGGAGGACGACAUCCUGCUCAAGGAGGACCUCGACCGCCUCGCCCGCGAGCACAAGGACCAGUUCCGCAUCCACUACUUCCUCAACGAGGCGCCCCCCAACUGGACCGGCGGCACCGGCUUCGUCUCCAAGGAGGCCAUCGAGCAGAACCUCCCCAAGCCCGCCGACGACAUCAAGAUCCUCAUGUGCGGCCCGCCGCCGAUGAUCAACGCCAUGAAGAAGCACCUCUCGGAGCUCAACUACCAGGCUCCCCGCACCGUCAGCAAGAUGGAGGACCAAGUCUUCUGCUUCUGA